UGAAAGUAGGAAUAUAACAGCUCACCUUGCUAUAUUACCGGUAUCGAUCGUCUGCUGCAAUAAAUUGAGCAUUGUUCCUGUUUCAUGCGCAAUGUACCUGUACUAAGAUUUUGAUACCAUCGUUAUAUAAAUAUCAACAAUAAUUAAGUUUCAAAUAUGUUUUAAAAAUGUAGAACUUCAAAAAUGAAGUUUUUGGUGGUGGAAUAUUUUAAGAACUGCUUUUAAAAUCGAUGAUUAAACUUGAUUUCAUGAUUUUCACAAUGCUUGGAGUAUAUCCUUUAUUUAAGAUGCUUAAACUGUUGGAAGUUUAGAUUUUUUGUCAGUAGCUUGAAACCAGAAAAGAAUUAAAAUGAUUGAAGUUUUAAAUCUGUCUGCUUUAGUUUUGAGAGAUUGCACCAAGCGUCUAUUUCAAGCAUUUGUUUUAAUUUUGUUUUUUGGCUCAAUCUUCAUCUUGCUUGGAAAACAACUAUAUAAAGGCGUUCUUACUCAAAAGUGUGUUAUUUUGCCACCACCAAACAUAUCAGAUGCAGAAUAUGCAGCAUUUAUAAUUAACUCAACUAACUGGCUGGAGCAUAAAAAUGGAUAUUACUUAUGCGGUAACAGUACAGGAUCACGACAUUGUCCUGAAAAUUAUACUUGCUUGCGAGGAGCUGAUGUCAACACAUAUAUAUCUAAUUUUAAUUUCUAUGGCUCUUCAAUGGUUACUAUUUCUCAGCUUAUGACUUUACACUUUUGGCAAGGACUUUAUCAAAGGAUGCUGUUAACUGCUGGAACACUUCAUGUUAGUUAUUUCGUCUUAGCCUUCUACUCAUUCCUAUACACAAGUGGGCUUAUUUUGGCCAUCAUAACUAGAUCAUAUAAAAAUGUGCUAAAUAAUUUUGAAAUCAUUGAAAAAAAGUCUCGAUUGGUAAAAGGUAAUAUUCCUUCAUCAGAUUCACAAAAAGGCAUUGUAAGAAGUCCCUCUUGCAAAUCCUAUGAGUUAUUUUCUAGUCAAAUUAUAAGUUCAGACAGAGUUGAAAGACAGGCUGCUGAAAUAAUUGAAUCUUCCUCUCGAACACCCGAGAGAAGCUUUGAAUCUGACAGUGGGUUGAAGGAUCAUAUAGCUGAUACUAAACAUAAGAGAGAAGCUGUUAGAAAUCAAUUGGCUAAAGAAAAAACAAAUGAUGUUAAUGAACAUGCACCAAAAGGAUCAAAACCUACUGUCAGACAGUAUUUACGAGAGUUUGUGACUCAUCCAGUCAUGGAAAGCUUGUUCUUAUUAUCCAUUGCUCUUUAUCUAUUUAUUGUUGUUAAUGAAUAUUCAUUUGUGAAGCUUAUUAAUAAGGAGAUGGCCCGAUUUUCUUAUUAUAGUUUUGCUGGGAUAACAUUGUUUGAAGUUCUGAUAAAGAUCAAUGCAUAUACAUUACAAGAAUAUCUAUCCAGCAAAUGGAAUGCGUUUGAUUGUGCAGUUCUGAUAAUUGGUGGGACUGAAUUGUUCCUACUUGAUGUUGCAACUCCUAUAUUGUUUACACUUCGAAUUUUUAAACUGGUCAAAUUAAUGGUAUGCCACAGUACACUCUGUUAUAUGAAAAAUAUCAUGAGAACAUGCUUAUUUCUUUUCCGACAUCCUGUUUCAAUUCUUUUCAUAUUUAUGACAAUUUGUAUAGUGACUGGAAUGCAGCUAUAUGGAUAUGAAUAUUUCUAUAGCAAAGACAGGUUUCCUGAUCCCAAACCACCUCGAUGGUAUUUCAAGGAUUUUUAUAGCUCUUUCAUUUUGGUUUUUUGUAUGUUAUGUGGAGAUUGGAAGCAGCCUAUGGUUAACACAGUGCUGUUCACAUCAAAUGCUAGUGAUCUCUUAAUGUUAAUAUUUGUUUUGAUUGGAAAUUUUGUGAUUAUAAAUCUUUUUCUUGGGAUUGUUUUCUACACUUUCUUUUACAAAACUUUGCCUAGAAGUUCUUUAUCAAAGGAUAGACUGCAAGCUGCAAUCCAAGUUAUUUUAAAUAGGCAAAGCAAUCCAUUAGAAGGGAUGACAAAUGGUAAAGACUCAACCAGUAGACGAGAUACAACUGAAAGUAUUGAUAGUGAACCAGUAUCAGAUUCAAGGGAUAACCUUACCCAAUCAACUAAGAAAAAUAAAAGAAAAAAUUUAUACAAUCAAAAUGAAAUGGAAAUAAUUGAAGAUACUUCUUCUGAAUAUAUGCCUGAUUGUUGUCCAUCUCUUUGCUAUUUUUGUUGUUCUUUCUGUAAAGCUGAUGAAAAUCCUAUAUUGUGGCAAAAGUGGGCUGAUGUGCGUUGCAAAUUAUAUUGGUUUGUGGAAACUAAGUUUUUCAGAAUAACUAUUGCCUUGGUGAUUGUCUUCAGUAUUGUUAUGUUGAUAAUUGAUCAAUCCCAUGGACACAAAUAUGUCGAAAUCACUAAUGCAACCAAAAUAAUGAAUCCAUGCAUUCUUCUGGUGUUUUUGAUUGAGAUAAUGUUGAAAUGGAUGGCGUAUGGCUUACAUAAGUUUUUUAGAAGUCAUUUGGGUCGCUUUGAAUUCUUUAUUGUCAUGAUUUAUAUGAUUGAUUUGUUGUCUAUAAAGCUUUUUGAUGGCCAGAAAAACAUAUUCAAAGCACUAAAAGCUUUUCGUCUUCUAAGCAUCACUUCUUUAAUGAAGUCAUAUCAAGAAACUGUUCCACUGCCAAUGAAACACAAUAGUUGUGUCUCUGGUAGUGAAACUGCAUCCUAUGAAAGUCUUUUACACUUACAAAAAUUUGAAUGUAAUCGUUUUCUUGGAAAACACUGUCGUUAUCGUCCCACUGGCUCAGGAGAGAUAUUUCAGAUAGAUUGGAAUGUUACAGAAAUUCAGUCAUCUGUUCUCACUGACAGUAAGAUGAGAAGGAUGGAACUUACUCAGAAUGUUGAGUAUAGAGUAAAGAGCCCAACAAUCGAAGCUAAAGAUUGUUUGCCUUUGUCUUGCUAUCAACUAUUUCCAGCAUGCGAACGCGAAUGCAGUUUCUCCAAUUAUUGCAAAUCUGCUAGAAUGAAAUGCUUGCAUUUAGUAAGGAAUAGGUUCUUCUUCGCUGCCGUUUUGAUUGUUAUUCUGCUUAGCUGUGUACAACUGUUUGUCGAGCUGAAUUUUUCCUCUGAAAAGUUGCCAAUUAUCAAGCAAAUAUCCACGUAUGCAGACAGAACUUUUACUCUUAUUUUUCUGCUUGAAAUGGCUUUAAAAAUGUUUGCUUAUGGAAUCGCAUCUUACUGGAAAAGUGUUACAGGUUUUUUAGAAGGCUGGACAACUUUGAAUGCCAUUUCAUAUCUUAUUCUACAUGAGUUAAGGAUCAAAACAUACUUUGCAUUAAAGUUGUGUAGAGUGUUUCGUUUAUUAGUUUUUCACAAGCUACUAGGAUUCAAUAAGCAAUCCAAAGGAAUUUUGUGGUCAUUAAAUCAAGCCUUUGCCUCACACAUCAUUGCUUUUCUCUUUGUGUUUUAUUUGUGGAUCGCUUUUGGAGUUAUUGGAGUUGCCAUGUUCAAAGGCAAAUUGCAUUAUUGUGUUGAUGCAAAUAACGAAGUCAUGGAAUUCGCUGCCUCUGCCUGUAUUGCCAAUAAUGGAACUUUAAAAAAUUCUCAAGUAAAUUUUGAUACAAUUCAGAAUGCCUUCAUUGCCUUACUUCAAGUGGCAACUUUACAAAAUUGGAUGAGCUUUGUUACUGGGAUAAUUGAUAAUUCAGAUUCAAGCAAUGAAAUUAGAAAUGAGAUUUACACAGCCUCAUUUUUUCCACUGUUUAUCAUGUUCAGCACUUUCCUGACUUUAAAUUUAUUUGCUGGAAUUACUUGUUGGUUUUACAAUAGUCAAAAGCAGGAAAAAGAAGAUCGCUUAAAUGCGAAAUCUAAGUGGCUGUAUGAAAAAGCUGUGAAAAAAAUGGAAAGUGUCAAAUUGCAAAGAGUUACUCCAUCUCCGAGCAUACCGUUUCAAACAUUUGUUUAUCGCAUGGUUAUGAGUGAUAACUUUGAAAUUGCUGGAUUUGUUUUCAUUGGACUUCAUAUGCUUCUCAUAGCUUUGGAUAUGUAUGAUCCUGAUCCAUCAGAGAUGUUUGCUUUAGCUAUGUUUGAACUAAAUAUAUUUUUCAUCAUCAUUUUCACAGUAGAGUGCAUUUUGAAGCUUAUUGCUUACAGGCAGUACUUUUUCUUAUCAUUCUGGAAUAUGUUUGAUUUAAUAGUGCUUGCUCUAUGUAUUUGUGGUGCAUUGUAUGAGAAUCUUUUCUCUUCUCCAAUGCUGCCGGCGAUGUUACGAUUAAUCCGUUUCAUUAAAUGUCGAAGGUAUUUACGGAGAUACAUUCGUGGAAUGUUGCCAUUGACCUAUGCUUUAUAUACUUCAUUUCCAGCUUUCGUAAGCGUUGUAGUGCUUCAGUUGAUUUACAUGUUUAUUUAUGCAUCAUUCGGUGUGCAUUUGUUUAGUGGCGUCCAACAGUCUUGGGAUUUCAGUGGUGAGCUGAGUUUCGAGACAUUUUCAAAAGCCAUGCUGCUUCUUUUCCAACUGUCAACAUUGGCAGGUUGGGUGGAUGUGCUCCAGUGCUUGCAUGAUGAUGGACACUGGCCAUACACGUCCAUAUUUUACGUUGUGUCUUACAUCAUAAUCAUGUAUUAUAUUAUCAUAAAAACUCACUUUAUUAUUAUAUUAGACAAUUAUGAAAAUGCAAUGCUGGAAUAUGAAAAUGCCCUUUUAAAAGAGGACUAUGAAAUGUUUGCUGAAAUUUGGCAGAAAUUUGACAGUAACGCCCAUGGCAUCAUUAAGUUCUCCAACUUGCCUGAUUUAUUGGAUGUCCUAGAAGAACCAUUCCAUUUCAGCAAGCCAAAUCGGUUCCUCAUCGCUACUUUAAAUAUCCCAAUCUAUGAAGGAGAUUUGGUUUUUUAUACAGAUGUCAUGGAUGCUCUUACAAGAGAUUACAUGAGCCACAAAGCACAUCUCAUUGAGGUGAGUGACAGUGCACCAGGAUUACUUGACAAAAAGGGUAAAACUCUAAAAAAGAUUAGCUGUACUCUUUGGAGACAAAGACAGCAUUAUUGUGCCGGUGUCAUUCAGAGAGCCUGGAGACUAUAUUCUGGCACUCUAGCAAGAUCUCCAGUUUUUUACAGUGAAGUAAGGCUUGCUGAUCAAGGUAAAAUCGACACAGUGUUAACUGCAGAUAUCCGAUCUGGGAGCCAUGCCUCCUUGUAGAAUGAACAACUGUUAAGUAUUUUACGACACCCACCAAGAGAAUAUUGUGAAUUUCACAGCUCAGAACGACAAGUGCUUCCAUGUUGGUAAAGAUUGAUCGCUGUUUUUACUUGUCAGUGAAAUAAAAAUUUAAGAAUAGUGUUAUUCUGCAUGUUACAUUUAAAAAAAAUUAUGAAAGAAAUUGCUCAUCGCGAAGUCAAAAGGGAAAAUUAAAUAUUUCAUAAUUAUGAAAUAAGUUGUUGAUAAGCUCUUGUGCAGAUAAAUAUUAUGAGUAGCUGUUAAAUAAAAAUGUGAUUAUUUGCUUAAUAUUUAAGGAACUUACUGCAUUUUUAAAAUAUUUGUAAAGAAUAUAUGAAAAUCUUUAACAAAGUAAUUUUUAGAUUAAGUAAUGUACAAAGCUAUUUCUCCCAUUGCUAAAUUAUGUCCUACAACUCCUUUCAAUCUUACAUUUUGUGGUUUAAAAUUAGAUAUGUUUGAACUCAAACAAAACAUUCUAUUUUUUUAAAAAUUUUCAUUAGUUAAAAUGUAUUGCUUGUUAAAGAAAUUAAUCAACUAAUAUCAUUUGAGAAUUAUUCUAGUUAAAUUUGACUCCUUGGUGGAUUUUAUUUUGUUAAAUUUUCUUGAAAGAUAGUUUUAAUUUCUACAGUGUAGAUUAUAAUGUUUUUUGGGGGAAAAUUCGAAGACUGUAAAAGUGUUUGUUGGUUAAAUGUAAUAAGUAUGCAAAUGUGUAGAUAUGGUUUACUAUUUUUACAUACUGUAUUGCCUUUUCUGCAAUAAAAUAUUGUUAUGUUUGCA